AAAGAGGCCCGACUAGCUGACUGCAAACAUUUCAUUUCUUUCAGCAAUUGUUUUUUCCAUUCUCUACGUUUCAGAACAGUUAUCUCAAGUUUUAGUAGCUGGAAACACUAUGAUCCUGCUUCUGAAUUUGGAGUUCUUGUUAGGCUCUGUCUUUUCGAGUUCCAGUGAGAUACUUUCAUCUGUUUCAUCAUCUUUCUCUCUUAAGGGAUUUUUGGAGCAUUUGCUUUUCAAAGUUCUUGCCUUUUCACAACA